AUGUCCUAUAGAGAUGCGGUACCCGAUACCCAUUCUAAACCCAAGACCUUACUCCUUAGCCUCGAUAUACCCAACCAUGUUCUUCCUCCAUCAUCAUCAUCAUCAUCAUCAUCAUCAUCUCUGACCAUCGCUGCUACUACCACCACCAUGGAUUCCAUCUCUCCGCCACUUCUUGACUCUCCAUACUAUCACCUCUCACCUCCCACUGUGUUCAAUCCUGCUGCUGCUGCUCCUCUUCCUCAACGAACCCGGUCAAUCGGCUCUAAUAAAUCAGUGGUAUCGAGUGGCUCUUCCUCGACGUCGCCGUUGAAAAGAUCAGACUCGUUAAGACUGAACAAUUCAUCAUUGGGAUCCCCGGUGGUGUUAUCGAUAACUGGGCUUCCUUCGCCAAUAACGUUUGAAAGCCCUGGAAGGAGAAUUCUUCUGGAGAAUCAUCAUUCGACGAUCCCCAUGGGGUUCCCAGGGGAGGAUUCGACGAAAUCAUCACCGCAGAAGAAAUCAGGAUUACGAUCGUUUAUUCAGGCCGAGGCUAAGUCCAUGGGGGAUGUGCCAUCACUAUCGUCAUCUACGAAGGAAAUUGAGGGAAAUCAUGGGCCAUCAUUAUCAUCAGCUACAAAAGAACCUAAGGGAAAUCAAAUUACCGAAGCUAAAUCAAUGGAUAAUGGAUCUGCAAUGGUGAAAGAGACCGGGAGAAAUCAAAUUACCAACCAGACAAUAAUAGGCCAAGCAAAUGUUAUAGACCAAACAAUACGCCAGGCAAAUACCAUUGGCCACACACCUUCUACCAAAAAAUUCAACAAUUCUUCGGAGUGUCGCCACCACCAUAACGAACAUGGAAUCCCAUCAUCGAUCCAAGUUUCAAAAACCCCGGCAAAUCAUCAGAGAAUCGUAUCAACAUUUGAAAAUCGGAUCCAUCCUCCUCCAAUCACCGGUCCCAAAAAGAUUGCGAUGAUCGAUAACAAUCGCCCUAAUGACCCGGUAAUACCUUCAUCAUCAUCAUCAUCAUCAUCAUCAUCAUCUACAUCACUUCCUCAGAAAAGAUUUUUUUCUACUCCAUUGCCUCGCGAUUCAACUUUGAUCUCUGCGGUACUCAACCAUGAUUCGAAAUUUGGUACCAUCAAUGAUUCGGCAAUCAAACGAGAACAAGGGUCUGCCACCAAUGAUAAUGAGACAAUUGUUGUUCAAGAUACCAAUACUAACCAACAACACGCGAUUUUCACCGGACAUGAUCUUCAAGGUACUUCUCGUCGAUGGGGAAACCUAAAAGUAUUGGGGAAAGGAUCAUUCAGUACGGUAUUUCUUGGAAAAUUAAUCACCGAUAAUCAUAAUAAUCAUAAUAAUCAUAAUCAUAAUAAUAAUAAUAAUAAUCAUAAUAAUCAUAGUAAUAAUAAUAAUGGAAAAGGUUUUCCUCAAUUAGCGGCAGUGAAAGUGACGGAGUUUCCCAAAAGCACCACUCCUCAAGAUUCAGCAAAUCGCGCCAGACUAAAAUCCAGUCUACAGAGAGAACUUGAAAUCAUGAUGGAAUGCGACCAUUUGGGAAUCAUCAAGUGUUUGGCCACCGGUGAUGAUGACAGCAAUGAUGAUGAUUUCUCUCCGGCUUAUAACACCAUCAUGCUCACUUAUUGCCCCGGUGGAGAUCUUUUUGAAUUCGCCUCGACUUGUCGAUCGAGAAUCCGGCCUUUUUUAUUAGAAAGAAUCUUUGCCGAAGUGGUCGCCGCCAUAAGUUAUCUUCAUUCGCAAUUUGUGGUGCAUCGGGAUAUCAAGCUAGAGAACGUCCUUGUCAAUAUCCCCAUUGAUCAACUUCUCCAAUACAAUGAAGGGCACAUCAUCCCAGAGGCCGCCAACAAUCAUAAUAAUCACCACCGUCACUCUCUUGUGACUCUGCCAAUUAUCACGAUCACCGACUUUGGAUUACUGAAGAAAGUUGACCCGUCCAAUAUCCUACUCGAAACCCGUUGUGGAUCAGAAGAUUACGUGGCCCCGGAACUUCUCAUGGGAAUGCCGUAUGAUGGACGACAAACCGAUACUUGGGCCCUUGGAGUGUUACUAUAUGCGUUAAUGGAAGGACGACUCCCAUUUGACCCGCCUCCACCGACCAUCAAUCCCAUCACGGGAACCAUCAGGAACCCCAGAGUGAGGUCACGGACGGCGCACCGAAUUGCAAGAAUUGAAUGGAAUUGGUAUUUCUUCAAAGAGGAAAAUGGCGAAGAACCUGAGGAUCCUGGUAUGGAAGGAAACGGUGGCCCCACCACUGAACUGUUGUUGUCACUGCUGCUGCUGCUGCUGCUGACUAAAGACCAUUCGAUGAUGAUGAAUGAUUCGGUACCAAAUUCUCCAACCAUGAACCAUUACCAGUACCGGUACGACAAAAGGUUUUGGAGCGAGGCAAAGAAAAUCAUCAAGAAUACGUUGAUUAAAAGGGACAAACGAUGGACCGCAAACCAGGUGUUGCAUACCCCAUGGUGCUGGGAUGCGUUGCCGAGGGAAUUGAAACAGAAUUGA